AUGGUUAAAGAUUUUCAAAAGCUGAACUAUGACCAAUUGGAUGCAUUACUCUCCAUUGACAGUCUUCAAAGCAAAGAGAAUUUAUGCUCCACUGAAGAAGCUCAUCAAAAAUUUAUGAAAAUUUAUCCCAAGAUCUUCAUUAAAAAAAAGCCCAUAUUGCCAGGUAUUCCUGAAAAAAGAACACUAGGGGUACAUUCCUGUAAUUUCUGCCCCAAUGCUAUAACUGCUGAAGGUCUUCACAACAUACAUUUCUAUUUGAAUAAGAUGAAAAGUCCCGAUAGGUUGCAGCCCAGCUUUCCAAAAUCCCGAGAGUGUGUACAAAAUUUAAUAAAAAUACUCAAGAAAAUACCUAUUCUAAGAACUGAAAAAGAACAUGAGACUGUCUAUAAAAUAAUGAAAGUCAUUCCUGAUAUUAAUGAGCAAUUAUCUGAAGAAGAGAUAAAGGAAAUCAGCAAAGCAGUUCUAAGAGAAUACUGGGUGAAAGAAAGUACAGUGGAUGCGAGCCAAGGAUUCUACAUUAUACUUAGAGGGUCUGUUAAGCCACAGACAAAGUAUUACAAAAGACUGAUUGGAGGAAAUUUCAUUUCAGUGCCUCCUCAGGUAACUUCUGUUGUAGAGAGUGUGGUUGCAUGGCAGCUUCCCCGAAAGGACUCAUUUGGUGUAGGGUGCUGUUUUGGGACUUUGGUACCACUCCCUUUAAAGAUGAAACAUGAUGUGCUUACUGUUCUUACAGAGGAAAACUGUGAUUUUAUCAAAAUUCCAUCCAUCAAUUACUUAAGGGUAAAAGAGGAUAUAGCAAAACAUGAACAGCAGGCCAAGGAACAAGUAAUCCGUGGAUCUCCAUUUUAUCAAAACUGGCCGAUGAUAUUUAUAUUUAAGUUAACUGCUCAAUUAAAAUGGAGGAAGUUUCCAACAGACUAUGUGUUUAUGGAAGAAGGAGAAAUAAGCAAAUAUGUAGGAUUCAUUAAGUCUGGACAUGGCAAUGCUUACCGAAUAAUUCCAGCCCUUGUAAAGCGACCUUUGGGGAAAAUGGUUAAGCAAAUGAGACAAGUUUUCAUCGGCCAGUUACAUCGACAUCAAUCCUUUGGAGAAACGAGUGUUCUUCUUCAGACACCAUCUACAUAUACACUGAAAGCAGCAACUCCUGUUGAACUGGGAGUUAUUAAUGCUACAGAUGUGCUUGAGUUAGGAAUCAUAAACAAUAAUGAGCUCACUGAAAUAACUCUUGAGAUUAUGCUUUAA